GGGCGGGAGCUCGUGGCGGUCGGCCUUUGCGCGUGGCAUCCCCGCGUUCGAGAGGGGCGGAGCGGUGGCUGUCGCCUCCCGGGCUGCCAGCACAGGCGGCGACAUGAGCGGCAAAGAAGGAGCAGGUGGUUUCAGAAAAAGGAAGCAUGACAAUUUUCCACAUGGUCAUCGAAGAGAGGAAAAAGACAGCAUUAAUUUGUCUUCUCCUGUGAUUCUGUCCUUCAAAUCAUUUCAGCUAGAGCUUGAUACAAGACAUGAUAAAUAUGAGAGGCUUGUAAAACUUAGUCGUGAUAUAACUAUUGAAAGUAAAAGGACCAUAUUCUUACUGCAUAGGAUUACCAGUGCUCCCAAUGGGGAGGAAAUAUUAACGGAAUCUGAGGCCAAAUUAGAUGCCGUGAGACAGAAAAUAAAGCAAGUAGCACAAGAAUUGAUGGGAGAGGAUAUGCAUCAGUACCACAGGGCCAUCUCUCCAGGUCUUCAAGAAUAUGUGGAAGCUGUCUCAUUCCAGUAUUUUAUCAAAACCCGGUCAUUAAUUAGUAUAGAAGGGAUCAAUAAGCAGCUGAUAUUUACAGAAGAAGAUAAAGAUGAAGAAACAAAGCUGUCUUCUGACCUUCUCGGUAAGCAACACCACACUUGGAAGUUGAAGGUGACUCCUGUAGAUUACCUCCUGGGAGUGGCUGAUUUAACCGGAGAGCUGAUGCGGAUGUGCAUCAACAGUGUUGGCAACGGUGACAUAGAUACCCCAUUUGAGCUGAGCCAGUUCCUGCGUCAGAUUUAUGAUGGCUUUUCCUACAUUGGCAACACUGGACCUUAUGAAGUGUCUAAAAAACUCUAUACCUUGAAACAGAGUCUGGCUAAAGUGGAGAAUGCCUGCUAUACAUUGAAAGUCAGGGGGUCUGAGAUACCAAAGCAUAUGCUAGCGGAUGUGUUCUCCAGUAAAACUGAAAUAAUUGACCAAGAAGAUGGGCUUUCCUAAAACACCUGGGAAACUCAUGACCCAAAAGGGACAGAGGCUGUAGAAUGAGAUUGAGAAUAAAGCAUUUCCAUACUUAGGAUUUGCUUAUUUGAAGUUUUAGUAGUAUCUGUAUUCCUGUCAUGUUUUAGGGUCAGCUGAAGAAGCAGGAUGACUGGUAUCCCAAAAUAGUUCUUGCAUAAUGGCUUAAGAAUCCCAGCAGUGAACUUUUGUUUUGUUUUGGGUGCUAUUUACUGCCACAAAUGUCACUGCUUAUAUUCUAUAUUUUAGUAUUAUGGACACACGUCUACCUGUCUUGGUCACUUAGGUCAGGUUUCAGUGAAGAACCAUAGUGCUUAAUACACUCAAUGUUGUAACACUUUUCUUAUCUUUGUUUCUUUUGAGUUUGAUUGCCUCAACAGUCUAUGUCUGUGUUGAGUCGGAGACAGGAAGUUGUGGUAUUAAAAUCACCACAUUGAGUUGCAAGGGAUUUAAAAGAAAUAGAAAGCAUUUGGUUGAGGGGGAAAUAUACCUUGGAGAAAUUAAUAAACCAAGCUUAUGCAUUAUUCUUUUGGGCUACAUCUGUUUGAAAAUCCUGUCUUAACACUGACUUUCUAUUGCUUAGUUUAUAUUCAAGAUCCUGAAAAUGAAACAAGACUGGAAAAGUUUAGCACAUUUUAUGUUUGCAACAGAAGCAAGUUCUCAAAGAUCUGAUUAAAAUCAGCAUGCAUACACUAUUAAAGUAGCUUCUGAUUCCAUAGAUGUACAGUCCAGUUCAGUUCUAGAGAUGUCAUUUAACAGUCGCUGUAUUUUUAAAGAAAUGAAGUUUUAAUUGGUCCUUACAUUAAAAAGUGUCUUAAACAUUAUUUUAGCUAAUUUAUAAUUGUGCUUAAUGUUUAUUGGAGUAUGCUUAUGGAUGGCUUUUCAUCUAAGAUG